GCUUCCCGGGGCGGGACGGACGCGGCGGGGCGGGGGCUGCGCGGAGCUCCGCGGCCCCGCUGUCGGGGCAGAGGGAGCCGAGCGCGGCCGCGCCGCCGCCCCAGAGCCCCGCGCCGGCCCGGGCGCCCGCCCUGCAUGAGCCCCGGCGGCCCCUGGCGCUCGCAGCCGCGCCCGGAGGCGGCGCCCCGUGGGCACGGGGUGCUGACGUGAGCCCUCCCGCGGCGGCCCCGCAGGCGAGGAGGGACGGGGGACGCUCGGUGUGGAGGUGUAUGCUGUUGUAAAGGCACUUGGAGGAGUCUGGAGCAAUGCCACCGCCUUCAGACAUUGUGAAAGUGGCUGUUGAGUGGCCGGGUGCCAAUGCCCAGCUGCUGGAGAUAGAUCAGAAAAGGCCUCUUGCAUCCAUCAUCAAGGAGGUCUGUGAUGGGUGGUCCCUGCCAAACCCUGAGUACUACACCCUGCGGUACGCUGAUGGUCCCCAGCUGUACAUCACAGAGCAGACUCGCUGUGACAUCAAGAAUGGAACUAUCCUGCAGCUGGCAGUCUCCCCGUCUAGGGCAGCUCGCCAGCUGAUGGAGAGGAUCCAGUCCCACAGCAUGGAAGCACGACUGGAUGCCAUGAAGGAACUGGCCAAACUUUCAGCAGACGUGACCUUUGCCACAGAGUUCAUCAACAUGGAAGGGAUUACGGUGCUGACACGGCUUGUGGAGAGCGGGACCAAGCUGCUGUCCCAUUACAGUGAAAUGUUGGCUUUCACCCUGACUGCCUUCUUGGAGCUCAUGGACCACGGAAUUGUCUCCUGGGACAUGGUCUCAAUAACCUUCAUCAAACAGAUUGCAGGGUAUGUGAGCCAGCCCAUGGUGGACGUGUCCAUCCUCCAGCGGUCCCUGGCCAUCCUGGAGAGCAUGGUGCUCAACAGCCAGACCCUGUACCAGAAGAUUGCCCACCUGCAAGACAAGCUGCUUAACCCUCUAGACCUGCCCAUCACUGAAAUGGCUAAUGCAUUUGCCCAGAAGCAUCUGAGGUCUAUAAUCCUGAAUCAUGUGAUCAGAGGAAACCGCCCCAUUAAAACAGAGAUGGCCCAUCAGCUGUACGUGCUCCAGGUCCUGACCUUUAAUCUCCUGGAAGAGAGAAUGAUGACCAAGAUGGACCCCAAUGAUCAGGCACAGAGAGACAUCAUAUUUGAGUUGAGAAGAAUUGCAUUCGAUGCAGAGUCCGACAGCAACAACGUCCCUGGCAGUGGAACAGAGAAACGCAAAGCCAUGUACACCAAGGACUACAAGAUGCUGGGAUUCACUAAUCACAUCAAUCCAGCCAUGGAUUUUACUCAGACUCCUCCAGGGAUGUUGGCAUUGGACAACAUGCUCUACUUGGCUAAAUUUCAUCAGGACACCUAUAUCAGGAUUGUUCUGGAGAACAGCAGUCGAGAAGAUAAGCACGAGUGUCCCUUUGGGCGCAGUGCCAUUGAACUCACCAGGAUGCUUUGUGAGAUCUUGCAGGUUGGGGAACUCCCCAAUGAAGGCCGGAAUGACUAUCACCCCAUGUUUUUCACCCAUGACCGUGCGUUUGAGGAACUGUUUGCCAUCUGCAUCCAGCUGUUGAACAAGACCUGGAAAGAAAUGAGGGCGACAGCAGAAGAUUUUAAUAAGGUUAUGCAGGUUGUGAGGGAACAGAUCACACGGGCUCUCCCUUCUAAACCAAACUCCUUGGACCAGUUCAAGAGCAAGCUGCGCAGCCUGAGCUAUUCAGAGAUCCUGCGGCUACGCCAGUCUGAGAGAAUGAGCCAAGAUGACUUCCAGUCACCCCCUAUUGUGGAGCUGAGGGAGAAAAUCCAACCUGAGAUCCUGGAGCUGAUAAAGCAACAGCGCCUGAACAGGCUUUGUGAGGGAAGCAGCUUUAGAAAAAUUGGAAAUCGCAGAAGGCAAGAAAGAUUCUGGUAUUGUCGCCUGGCUCUGAAUCACAAGGUGCUACACUAUGGAGAUCUGGAAGAUAAUGCCCAGGGGGAAGUGACCUUUGAAUCUCUACAGGAAAAAAUUCCAGUUGCAGACAUCAAAGCCAUUGUCACAGGGAAGGAUUGUCCACACAUGAAGGAGAAAAGUGCACUGAAACAGAACAAGGAAGUGUUAGAAUUGGCCUUCUCCAUAUUAUACGAUCCCGAUGAGACCCUGAACUUCAUUGCACCUAAUAAAUACGAGUACUGUAUCUGGAUUGAUGGGCUUAACGCUCUCUUGGGGAAGGACAUGUCCAGCGAGCUGACCAAGAGCGACCUGGACACGCUGCUGAGCAUGGAAAUGAAGCUGAGGCUCCUGGACUUGGAGAACAUCCAGAUCCCCGAAGCGCCGCCGCCGAUCCCCAAGGAGCCGAGCAGCUACGACUUCGUGUACCACUACGGCUGAGGCACCGCGCCGGCACCGCCCGGGCCGCGCUCGGAACCGGGACCCGGGGGCGCCCGGGGCGGGGGACCCGGCGCCGCCCGCCUUUUGUAUCGGUUCAAUAAUAACCAGUAGCGCUCCGAGCC